AAUUCAUGCCGACAGAGGGCUUUGGCAAUGACGUUUAUCCAUAACCUCGGAAUGUAAACACUGUCAACUUCUAAAAAUAAAUAAAUAUAAUAUUUUUGUUCAUUAAAGAAUAAAUAUUAUUAAUAUUUAAUUAAAACUUUAAGAUAAUUGAAAAUGGUGUGCGAGAAGUGUGAGAAAAAACUAGGCCGUGUAAUUACGCCAGAUCCUUGGAAAUCAGGAGCUCGGAACACAGUAGAAAGUGGAGGUCGCAAAGUUGGAGAAAACAAGGCUUUGUCUGCUAGUAAAGCACGAUUCAACCCAUAUACGGCAAAAUUUGAGACCUGCAAAAUAUGCCGACAAAAAGUUCAUCAAGUUGGAUCGCAUUAUUGUCAAGCCUGUGCCUACAAAAAAGCCAUCUGUGCUAUGUGUGGUAAAAAGCUCAUGAGUACAAAGAAUUACAAACAAUCUGCUACAUAAACUUUUGUUGUCGUGUAUAAUAAAAUGUUUUUUAUUUUUAAA